AUGUUGUUGCUAGCCGUGGCCACCCUUUUGGCAUUCGGCGGAAACAGCGAUGGUGCGCGCUUCCGGGGCACGAUCGACUGGAGUCAGGUGCGCCCGAUCGAAGAUUUCCCGCACAUUGCGGCCCGCGUGGAGCAGCUAAAGUUGCAGGCCGGUGAGCCCAGUCUUCCCGCACCGCGCAUCGUUGGCGGAGCGGUUGCCACCGCCGGUCAGAUUCCGUAUCAGGCGGCCGUUCUUUCCGAUCUCCCUAAUGGACAAGCCCUGUGCGGUGGUGCCCUGCUUUCGAGCAACUAUGUUCUGACGGCGGGUGUUUGCGUCGAGGGCUCUUCCGGUGGAGUGGUCGUCCUCGGGGCGCUCAACCUGCAGAACGAAGCCGAAGCGGGCCAGGUGAGGAUUACGUUCGCAGCGAACAACGUACGCCUGCACGAGGAGUUCCUGGGCGUGAUCUUCCGCAACAACAUCGCCGUCAUUCGCCUCUCGGAGUCGGUCACCUUCAGCGAUCGCAUCCAACCGGUUCGACUGCCGGUGGCCACCGAGUCCCGCACCUUCGCCGGCGUCCUGGCCACGGUUAGCGGCUUUGGACGAACGUCCGACGCCAGCACCUCGUUCUCGGAUGUGCUGCGUUACGUGCGCAACCCGAUCAUGACCAACGCCGACUGCCACGAUACGGCCUGGGGUGGCCUGAUCGACGGACAGAAACUGUGCCUGCACUACGCUGACGCCCGUGCCCCGUGCGACGGAGACGUUGGCGGCCCGAUGACGGUGGUGGACGGUACCAGCUCGCUGCUGGUGGGUCUCUACUCGUUCGGUUCCGUGCUGGGAUGUGAGGCCGAUUGGCCGGCUGUGUUUGUGCGCAUCACCUUCUACCGCCAGUGGAUCCUAACCAACACGGACGUCACGCAGGCAUAG